UGCAGAAGUUGUGUUGACAGGGGCGUUACGAACUGCAACCGUUGGAAUCCACCAGUUGCACCUUGUCUUCUCUUCUGGAAAGGAUGGAUCCAGUCAUUCAAUAUUUUCAAAAUGAACGAAAUGGGACGACGAUUCUGUACGGUGCUAUCGCACAACAAUGAGCCCCUACCAUAUUCAGAGCCAGACGGUGGCCGUCAGUAUGCAGUGUUUCAUCUACGAGUAGAUGCACUACCUACCUAUGUAGAUGAAGGAACGGCAGGAAAGGCUCUGUCGCUUGCCACGCGAGGACUGUGGAAUUCUUCUGCAGGUACGGCAUCCACGGAUGCAACUCUAAAAUCAAUGACUGGGCCAGAAACAUCCCCUGCACCUCUUUCCACUUUCUCGAAGCCACAGAUCAACACAACGGCUUCGGGCCGCAAGCCAACAAGCAAAUAUAUCUCCAUUGCCAUGGGGUUUAAUCCCUGUUUGGCCAAUACCUGCCCUGUCAGGGAAAGGGGCCAGAAAUCCGAGCGUACCCUUCCGCAAUUUAUCGUGUCGAUGGUACUUCUCCAGAGCCAAAAAAGCAUCUGCUGGCUCCAGACACGUUGUCGACCCCAUAAAGCACUGCCUCCCCGGGUUCCUUGGAAGCUUUCUGCCGUUUCCCUUCCUGGAGGGAUCCCAAUGGGUUUAAGUUAGAGAGCGCCGCUUCUUGGACCGAACACCCCUUGUGCCAUUACGCUGCUGCGUGUUUGUUACCUUCCAGCUGUGGUACUCUG